AUCCACGUUAAAGUCCGACCACAUUGAGGACUCUGGGACGUCGCAGCCUUUUAUUAUUCAAUUGCGAGUCCUCAUACUCUGCGAAUUUCUCAAAUUUCACUACUUUCUUAUGCAGAUACGGCCAAAGAUAGCUUCGAACACACAGCAUUUGGCAAUCAACACAACAGGAUGGUGAGGUUACGAGAAAUUCCUCGCACGGCAACUUUUGCCUUCUCGCCCGGCUCUGGCCUGCCACUGGUGGUCACUGGAACUCGAGCUGGAGCAGUUGAUGCAGACUUCUCAGACGAAACUAAGCUAGAGCUUUGGGAUCUGAAGCUUGACGAUCUUGAACAAGGUGUUGAGCUUCAACCUAUCGCAAGUAUCAGCACAGAUUCUAGGUUUCAUGAUAUUGCAUGGGCACCUGCGAAUGCGGACCAUCCUCGAGGCAUAAUUGCUGGGGCUUUAGAGAAUGGAUCUUUAGAUUUGUGGGAUGCCGAGAAGCUCAUCAAUGGAGAAGCAGAUGCGUUUAUGUCCCGAACUUCGAAACAUACAGGAGCUAUCAAAUCACUACAAUUCAACCCACUGAAGCCCCAAAUUCUGGCUACAGCUGGCGCAAAGGGGGAACUUUUCAUCUACGACAUUAAUGAUAUUGGAAACCCAUUCAGGCUAGGGACGGCAGCUGCACGAUCGGAUGACCUCGAGUGUGUUGCGUGGAACAGGAAGGUCCCUCAUAUCUUGGCAACAGGUGGUAGUGGUGGCUUUGUCACAGUUUGGGAUCUCAAAACCAAGAAAGCAUCCCUCACCCUCAAUAACAAUCGAAAGGCAGUUGGGGCUAUCGCAUGGGAUCCGAACAAUGCUACGAAGCUGCUCACAGCUACACCUGAUGAUUCGACACCUGUAAUUCUUUUGUGGGAUCUGCGAAACUCGAAUGCUCCAGAGCGAACAUUACAAGGGCACGAUCAAGGUAUUCUCUCGCUUUCGUGGUGUCAGCAAGACAGUGACCUUCUGUUAUCUUGUGGAAAGGACAACAGAACCCUCGUCUGGAACCCACAAACAGGAGAACAGUUGGGCGAAUUUCCCGAAGUUACGAAUUGGACAUUUCAGACCCGGUUCAACCCUCAUAACCCGGCCCUAUCUGCCACUGCCUCAUUCGAUGGCAAGAUAUCCAUUCAGACGCUGCAAAAUACAAAUCCAGCCGCUUCGCAGACUCCCGUACAAGGUCCCGUCGAUGGCGAGGACUUUUUCACGAAAGCGCAGACACAGCCUCAAGGAGCAUCGUUUUCUUUAAAGAAGACUCCAAAAUGGCUGGAGCGACCUGUAGGCGCAUCCUUUGGAUUUGGCGGGAAGCUGGUGAGCUUUGGUCUGUUGCCGAAUGCUGCAGGGCAGCACCGAGCAUCCAAGAUCCAAAUCUCACAAUUUUCGGUCGAUUCUGAUGUUGGUUCAGCCACCGAGUCUUUUGAAAAGGCUCUUCAGGCUGGUGAUAUCAAUAGCAUUUGUGAAACCCACAUUUCACAAGCGAAAACCGAAGAAGAGAAGGCGGACUGGAAAGUCAUCCAGACUUUAAUUACUGACAACCCUCGAAAGGGUGCUACCGAGUACUUGGGCAUCAUGGAUGAAGUUGAAGAGGCAACCAAUGGUGUCAAGGAUCUUGACUUGGAUGAAUCGAAGACAGAAGAAGUCACGGAAGGUGCUAACGGGUCAAAGAAGAAUAGUCGACUGUCGACACUAUUCGCUGACGGCGUUGACGGAGAAGACUUUCUCUCCAAUCUUGCAGCUACUAAGGGUGCUAAGACUGAUAAUCCGUUCCACUUGUUUGAUGACGCCGAUUCUGCUUCGGAAAAGCAGAUCACCAAAGCACUCAUGCUGGGACAAUUUGAAAAGGCGAUGACCAUAUGCCUCCAAGAAGAUCGUAUGGCUGAUGCUCUCAUCAUUGCAAAUUGUGGAAGUGCUCAACUAUUCGAGAAGGCGCAGUCCGCAUACUUGUCCCGCAAGACACAGGGCCCAAAUUAUUUGAGACUUCUGGCUUCGGUGAUUGGAAAGAAUCUUUGGGACGUCGUCUACAAUGCAGAUUUAUUAAAUUGGAAAGAGACAAUGGCUACUCUGUGCAGCUACGCCGAUCCAGACGAGUUCCCGGAUCUCUGCGAAGCUCUGGGGGAUCGCAUUAUGGAGACUGGCUCGUUGAAGGAUGCUUCAUUCUGUUAUCUGGUUGGAUCGAAGCUUGAGAAGGUCAUCACUAUCUGGAUCACAGAGCUCAACGAAGCCGAAAAGGCUGGUAUCGAGAAUCCUAGCGGAGAUUCCUCCUUCUCUGUUCAUGCACGCACCCUGCAAAACUUUAUUGAAAAGGUCACAGUUUUCCGAGAUGUUACCAAGUUCCAGGACACAGAACAGAACUUGACCUCUGACUGGAAGCUUGCGCCUCUUUACGAAAAGUAUACAGAAUACGCGGACAUUGUUGCAGCUCACGGCCAUCUUUCCAUUGCUGAAAGAUAUCUUGACCUUCUUCCUACAAAGUAUCCGGCCGCAGAAGUGGCACGAAAUCGAGUCAGGCUCGCAUCAAGGAAAGCUGCCCCAACCAUAAAAGCUGCGCAACCAACGACGAGUACGAGAACUGCAUCACGUAACCAGCCAGUAAUGGGCUACCAACCACUCGGUGCUCCAGCAGCCACUCCAGCAAGACCCACUCCAAGUGCCUAUGCACCACCAGGGGCAGCUCCAACACCCAUGCAGGCACCGGCCUCAAACCCAUAUGCACCUUCAAACAACCCCUACGCUCCUCAGGGCUAUCAGCAGCAGCAACAACAACAGCAAGGUGGCUACGGAGGUUAUGGUGGAGCACCGACGCCUGGCUAUAUGCAGCCUCCUCAAUCUUUUGGUGCCCCUCCCCCAAGGAACACUACACCGUCCGUCCCACCACCAUCCCGAGCCAAGAAUAUGGAGCAAUGGAAUGAUACCCCAAUGGUAACCAAGGUAGCGCCUGCUAAGAGAACUCCUUCGGUCCCUCCCAUCAACUCUCCUUUCUCCAAUCAGCCAAAUCUCUCAAUGCCACCACCUGCGCCACCAUACGGAUCUAGGGCAACUCCUACUCCACCUCCCCCACCUCCAAAGGGUCCCCCUAUGCACCGCGUCACAUCUCCCUUAGCUGGUGGACCUCCGCAACGACCGUCUUCAGCUGCAAAUCAGUAUGCGCCUCAGCCAGCUUCCCCAGCAGCUGCUUACAGUCACGCCUCAUUUCCAACAGUACCCCGCGGUCAGUCACCGUACAAUGCUCCACCAGCAGGACCACCGCCUUCAAACAGGUACGCUCCAGCACCAGCCUCGCAGCAAUACUCCCAACCACCAGCUCAACCAGGUCACAUUGCUCCACCUCCGUCUGGGAACAGACCCCCUCCCCCUUCACAUCCAUAUGCUCCUGCACCUAGUGCAUCUCAAAACUCAUAUGCACCAGCUCAAUCUCCGUAUGAGACUAAUACUCCACCUCCUUCAUUCCCCAGUCAAGGACCUCCUCCCCCAAUGUCACAAGGACCACCACAAGGAUCUCGCCCUCCAACUGGUCCACCACCCCGAUCCACACCUCCUGUUGCAGCCGCACCUCCUCAAAAAGCCAAGCAUCCAGCAGGUGACCGGUCUCACAUCCCAGCCAACGCCCAGAGAAUGGUCGACAUAUUCAGCAAUGAUAUGCAGCGAGUUGCUUCAAAAGCACCCAGCUCGUUUGCUGCCCAAGUCAAGGAUACUCAAAAGCGACUCAACAUCCUGUUUGACCACCUGAAUAAUGAGGAGCUGCUCAAGCCAGACACUAUCGUGCGCCUGAACGAGCUUGCAGAAGCACUGGCAUCGAAGAACUACGACGUAGCGGCAAAGAUGCAGGUGGAAAUUCAACGUGAGAAGACCGAAGAGUGUGGCAACUGGAUGGUUGGUGUGAAGCGAUUAGUUAGCAUGAGCAAGGUCACUCCUUAGAAGUGACGUCCGUGGAUAGCAGCAUUCCAAAGGGUUUGGACUGUAAAAUAAGAACAAAACAUUGCUAGAGCGGUCUGUUUGAUUGGGUCUGCGCUGUGUGACUUAGAGCCUCAAUUAAACCUCCCGAUGCCGUGGCCGGGUAGUACUGCAGAAUAAAGUGAAGUCUAAAAUACAAAGAUGACC